UCGAUUGGGGAGUGUUAUCAGGACACAAAACUGUUGCAAAUAAGAGCUGGGGGCAGCUGACCCGGAACCCUUGCUGGAGCGGAGUCGAUCGUGAGCAGAGGCUCCUCGGUGUUUGCCAGCGGCCCACGUCGCCAUCAGACCUAUUCGAGCAUCUGCAGCGUUUCACGUGAAGCGCCGGGACCUCCUUGCAGGCAACGGUGUUGCGUAAGGCCCCAGGGCAGACGUCGCAGGACCACCCUGUUACCCGCCCCCGUCACCCCAGCCCCGACCGCCUUUCCGCAGCGCCCCCCUGCUGAGCUUUGACCAGCCCUUUGACCAGCUUGACCAUCAGCUUUGAGCGCCAGCCCAGCAGCCAUGGACCUGCUGUUUGCGGGCCGGCCGGUGGCCUCCAAGCCGCCCAACUGCGUGGGGCGCUAUGUGGUCACGAAACACAGCUGGCGUGGCAAGUACCGGCGAAUCAUGUGCAUCACACCAGAUGCGGUGGUUACGCAGAACCCGGAGAGCGGCAUGGCCAUCACGAACACGUACGCGUUCACGGGGGACUGCGACAUUGAAAGCAUCUCCGUGGGGCCGGGCCACGAGGCGGAGGGGGAGUUCACCAUCAGCGCGCGGCAGGACAAGAAGAGCAAGUGCAAGCCGCUCAAGUUCAGCUGCAGCCACCGGUCGCGGCUGCUGACGGACCUGUUCCAGUGCAUCGCGGCGGCGCACACGCGCGGCCGCUGCAGCGUGGCGCCGCGGCUCAUGGGCUCUCCCGACCACUUCCCCGGACACGAGUGGGCCGGCGGCGCCUGGCGGCCCACCACACUGCGGGUGGCGGCGUACGGGCUGGAGCUGCUGGACGGAGAGGGCACGCCCACCUGGCGCCUGGACUUCUGCACCAUGAGCUCCGUGGCCUUUGCGCCGCUGGCCCCCGAGCCCCUGCCCCACCACCCCUCCUCAGCGCACCCGCACGCGGACGCCGCGGCUCUGGCCUCCGCGCCCACCACCUCCGCCUCCUACGGCCUGGCGCCCAGCCCCGAGGGCGCCUUCGCGGUGUUCAGCCGCUGCAGCCGCGCGCCGCGCCUGCUGGCCAGCCGGCAGCGGGAGGUGGUGCUGGGGCACAUGGCGGCGGUGGCGGGCAGGAGGCUGGGGCUCAGCGUCGUGGCCGACACCGCGGCGCUGGAGGCGGCGGCGGCGGCGGCGGCGGCGCUGUCGUUCGCGCCGGGGGCGCACACGGCGCCGCGGCGGCUGGCUGUGAGCCGCGCCUGGGUGCUGGAGCGGGACGCGGUCACGUACGACGUGGAGGAGCGAAGGGCGCUGGGGAGUGUGUCUGCGCUGCUGCGGUUCUCGGAGGAGGGCGGGCUGCUGGGCAUUGAGUGGGGCGACGGCUCGCCGCCCAGCGUGUACGCGGCGGGGGCGGCGCGGGACGCAGUGCUGGCGGCGCUGCUGGACAUGGCGCAGGCCGCCGCCGGCCGCCCCAUCCCUGUUCUCCCCGGCUUCACGCCGCCCGGCGACCCCAUUGUGGGCGACAGCGCCGCGCCCCUGGCCGCGCACUGCGUCACCGUGGUGCGGGACACGGAGACGGAGCGCUGGGUGCUUGACGCGCUGGCUGCCCGCGCGCGCGAGGCCUGGCCGCACCUGUCCGCCAGCAGCCGCAUGUUCUACGCCGCAGACAUCGAGUUCACGCCCUCGCCCACGCCCUCCACCCUGGCCGCGCUCAUGAGCAGCCCUACGCACAACAGCCCGCACCCGGGGCCCGCGGGCGGAGGAGGAGGGGCAGGGGCGGGAGGGCUGGGCUCGCCGCGUGCGGGGGGAGAAGUGGGAGGCGGAGGAGGGGUGGGGGUGGGGGCGGCGGAGGCGGCUGCGGCGGCGGCUGCGGCGCAUGGCGCUGUGCUGGCGGGCCAGAUGGUGGGGCAGGUCAGUGCGGCGGCGGCGGACAGCGCCAAGGCGGCGGUGGCGCUGCAGGAGGCCAUGCUGGUGAUGCUGGACGCCGUGUACGACUUCAACGCCUCUGUGCCGUACAGCGGCGUGCUGCCCGGCGGCGGCGGCGGCUGGGGCCGCGGCGGCGGCGCGGUGUCGGGCGGCGAGGCGGGCGAGCAGCUGGUGGGCGUGUGUGUGGCGCUGCUGCACCCCGACCUCAUCCCCGGCACCCCGCCCCUCAGCCACAUGGCGCCGGACGCGGCCAAGCAGAGCAUCGCCACGCUGCAGGCCCUGCAGCGGCUGGUGGCUUGUCACCCACUGGCCGAGGCCUUCCUGUCCGCGCCCACCGCCCUGUCGCGCGUGCUGGCGGCCUACAGCUGCGGGCACGAGGGCGUGGCGGCAGAGGCGGCGCGGCUGCUCACGCGGCUGUGGGCGCCGGCGGCGGCGCGGGUGGGCGCGGCCCCCUGGUCCGCGCUGCGCGCCGCGCCCACCACCCUGGCCGCGCUCAUGGCGGACCCGGACGACCCGCUCAGCGGCUGCUCGCCAGAGGACCUGUCCCUGGCCCGCGCCGCCAAGUCGUUGGCGUUCGGCCCCGCCAUCACGUCGCAGCGCUGCGCCGCCCUGGUGCGGCCCCUGAGAGGGACCGCCCUGCCCAAACCCACCACCGCUGCCAACAGCAGCAGCAGCAGCAACAGCAGCAGCAGCGCUGCUACAGCCGGCGGCGGCGGCGGCAGCGGCGCUGCCGCUGCUGCGGAGGGAGGCAAGGCGCGGUCUUCUGUGUUGGGGCCGGCGGGGGCGGCCGCGGGCGGGGCGGGUGGCGGGUCCUCCAGUGCGCUGCUGGUGCUGUGCGCGCUGGAGGCGGUGGGGGCGGUGGCGGUGGAGCCGGGCAGCCGCAGCACCGACAACAGGCCGCUGGCGGGGCUGCUGCAGGAGGCCGCAGCCCUGGGUGCGCCGCUGUUCGCGCUGUGCCACCACCCCGCACCCCGCGUGGCCCAGGGAGCAGCCCUGCUCAUGCGCGCCGUAGCCGAGUCCGGCGCCGCCGCCGCAGCGCCCAUGCGCGCCGCCGCCCUGCGCCACGGCGCCGUGCUGCACCACCUGCACGCCGCCAUGUUUGCGGCGGCGGGCGGCGGCGGCGGCGGCGGCGGCGGCGCGGGCGGCGGCAACAGCCGGCGGGAGCUGUCGCGGGCGCUGGUGGCGUCGUGGUGUGACGAGUACGCGCCGGCGCUCGCGCUGCUGCGGCGAGUGCUGCCGUCGGGACUGGUGCGCUACCUCAACGCGCCGCGUUCCGCAGCCGCGGUCGCCGCCGCCGCCGCCAAGGCCUCCGCAGCCGCCGCCGCUGCACAAGCCACGGCCGCCGCCACCGCCGCCGCCGCCGCUGCCGCUGCCACAGCAGCAGGAACCGGUGGCGCCCACGCGCCCGGCGAGACGCCGCCCAUGUCUCCGCACCCCUCUGCGCAACAGCCAGCGCCGCCAUCUCAGCCCCAGCCCCAGCCCCAGCCGCCCGCCGCUCCGGCCUCGCACCCAAACGGCACCAGCCAUAACACCACCGCCUCCACUCCUCCCCACCCAUCCACCGUGCAAUCCGAAACUGCUCCCGCCGGCGCAGCCGGCCUCACUGGCAACCUCCUCGACGGCGGCGUUGCAGGCGCUGCCACCGCCUCCGGUCCUACCAGCACCAGCGGCUCGGCUCCGCCGCCCACGCCGGCCUUCACCACGCCGCCCGCCGCCGCUCCCUCCAGCAGUUGGGGGCAGCUGCGCGGCAACUGGGAGGCGUUCUGGGACGCGGCGGGCCGCGACCACUGCCACGCCGGCCUGAUCUGGCACGCGGGCUGCCGGCAGGAGCUGCGUGAGGCGCUGGAGAGGGAGGAGGCGGCGCUGAGGGCUCGUCGUCAGCAGCUGGGCGGCGGUGACGGGCUGGGCGGCGGCGGGCGGCGGCUGGGUUGGAACUAUGAGGAGUUCGGCGUCAGCUACGGCAGCCUGGCCGCACACACGUCGGUGGGGGGCAUCUACGUGAGGCUGCUGCUGGAGGGGGCGGACACAGCCGCCGUGGACAAGGUGCCGCAGCCGCGCGAGCUGUACACGGCCCUGCACCACGCCUUCCUGUGCGCAGCGGACCCAGCCACACAGGACCCGGCGGCGGCGGCGGCACGCAAGGCCGCACAACUCAGCGGCGCCGCCGCCUUGCCCGCCGCCGCGACCGCCAACCCGCUCACCUCCUCCUCUGACCCCUCCUCCAUCUCCUCCGCCUCCGCCUCCGCCUCCGCCGAUGGCGGCGGCGGCGGCGGCGCCAUGAGUGCGGUGGAGGCGGCGGCGGCGGCGGAUCAGGAGCUGUGCGCCCGGGCCAUGGCGGCGGUGUACCACGCCCACGCGGGGGUGAUCGGCGCUGUGGACGGCAUCGCCCACCUGGUCCGGGUGUUGGACAACACGCCGCGGCGGCCGCUGCGUCACGCGCUGCUGGAGCUGAUGGCGGCGCUGCUGGCGCCCCGCUGCCUGCCGGCGGCGGCCUCGGCGGCGGCGGCGGCGCGCGGCGGCGGCGGCAGUAGCAGCGGCGGCGGCGGCGGUGGCAGCAGCAAUCGGGCGGACACCAGCCCGGCCGCUAGGGCUGUGCGCGCGAACAGCUAUGCCUUCAUGGAGGCGGGGGGUCUGGAGCUGCUGGUGGACAUUGUGGCGUACGCACACACCGGCGGCGCAGCCGUCGAGGGAGGCGGCGGCGGCACCGGCGGCGCCGCCGCCGCCGCCACUGCGGCGGCCACGGGCGCGGGCGCCAGCGCCUGGGACCACCUGCACCACCCGGCGGCGACCACAGCCGGCGGCGGCGCCGCCGGCGGCCCGCCACAGCUCCUGACCCCGGUGGGGCACGACGACAUGCCGCGGGAGUGGUUCCUCUACCCACGUGGCGUCAUCGAGGCCAAGCACGGCUCCGCCGCCGCCGCCGCCUCCCCCUCCGGCGCCUCUGACCUGCUCGGCGACCUCCUUGGAGACCCCGUGCAGCCGGCAAUAGCAGCUCCCGCCGGAGGCGGCAGUAGCAGCGGUAGCGGCAGUAGCGCCCAGCAGCAGCAGCAGCAGCAGCAGCAGCAGGAGGAGCUGCUGGGCAAGCGGCCCGACGAGACGGGGCGCUGCGGGCCGUUCAGUCGGGACGAGCUGCGGCAGCUGGCGGCGCGGGGGGCGGCGGAGUGGGGCACGCCGGUGUGGGCGGCGGGCAUGGGGCGGCCGGUGCCGCUGGGGGCGGUGCGGGAGCUCAGGUGGAUGCUGGCCAAGGGCCCCGGGCGCUACAGCCCCUACGGCGCCGCGGAGCUGUCCCUGGGGCUGCUACAGCGCCUGGUGGCGCUACAGCCAGCGAUAGAGGCGGCGGAGGAGGACGGAGCCGCUGCUGCUACUGCCGACGGCGCCGGCGGUGGCGGCGGCGGCGGGGAGGUGGUGGUGCUACAGCCGCUGCCGCGCGCCUACCGCGUAUUGACGGGGCCGCGCUGCCUGCCGCACCUGUGCCAGGUGGUCCUGACCUUCCACCCGCCUCUGGUGUCCUCCGCCUGCCGCCUGCUGGACGCGCUGCUGGCGGCGGCGCCCGACGCCCUGGCCCGCCUGCACCUCACGGGGGCGCCCUACUUCCUGCUGGCCUACCCGGGCAGCGACCUGCGGGAGCCGGCGCGGCUGCUGCACAGGUCGCACCUGGUCCAGGACUUUGCGGGCCUGUCCGGCGGCGCCGCCGCCGCCGCCGGCCUGCCUCUGCGGCGGCGCUCCUACCUGGGCCACGUGCUGCCGGAGAGCCUGCUGUACGUGCUGGUGGCGGGCGGGCCGGACGCCUUCGCGGCGGCGCUGUGCGGCGACACGGACAGCCCGGAGCUGAUCUGGACGCACGGCAUGCGGCGCGGGCGGCUGCUGCCGGCGCUGUCCGCGCACCUAGGUGACCUGCCGCUGCGGCUGGCGCAGCGCUGCGGCGGCAUGUGGGAGUACGCGCCUCUGCCGCCGCUGAGCUACCCCGAGCUGGAGGGGGAGAUGUACUGCCACCGCUACUACCUGCGCCACCUGGCCGACACCGCCCGCUUCCCCGCCUGGCCGCUGGUGGACCACGUGCCGCUGCUGCAGUCGCUGUUGGCGGAGUGGCGCUCCGAGCUGGCCCGGCAGCCGCUGUCGCUGUCGGAGGCGGACGCCUGCGCCGUGCUGGGACUCAGCACGGCGGCGCGGCCCGAGGGCGGGGGCGUGGGUGAGGAGGAGCUGCGCAGGGCGUACCGCGGACUGGCCAGGAAAUUCCACCCCGACAAGAACCCCGAGGGGCGACCCAUGUUCCUCAAGAUCCAGGCCGCUUAUGAGCGGCUGCAGGCGGGUGUGGCGGGCGGGCAGGGCCCCCAGGCCUGGCGCAUCCUGCUGCUGCUGCGGGCGCAGGCGGUGCUGUACGGCAGGUACGGCGCCGAGCUGGCCCCCUACAAGUACGCCGGCUACCCCCUGCUGCUGGACACCAUACGGGGGGGCACGGCGCUGGGAACAACCACCACCGCCACCUCCACCACCACCACCUCCACCACCAGUGGCGGCGCGGCGGCGGCCAAUGGCACGGCUGCGGGCGCGGGUCCGGAGGCGGCGGCUGGCGGCAGCUUCUUUUCGGGCGAGGCCCUGGACCAGGUGACCGCCGCCGCCUGGCUGUGCUGGCUGACGGUGCUGUCCUGCCGCCGCAACGCCGAGGAGCUGGCGCGGUGCGGCGGCGUGGCCGUGGUGGCGGAGCUGCUCAGCAGGGCGGUGGGCGUGCUGCCGCUGGACGCGCCGCCCACCUCCCCCGCCGCCGUGGUCGCCACCCUCGCCCUCCGCACCCUGGCCGGCCUGGCCAUGGCCCCCGAGGCCCGCACCGCCAUGCUCCGCCUGGGCGCCACCGCCGCCACCACAACUGCUACAGCCACUGCUGAUGCUACUGCCGCUGCUACUGCUGCCGCCGGAGGCGGCGGUGCAGCCGCCGCUGACGCGGCGGCGGCGGCGGCGGCGGCGGCGGCUGGCGCCGCCGCCGCCACUGCGGGCCUGUGCCGUGACGUGCUGCGCUGUGCGGGUCUGGCGCGGUGUCCGGCGGCGGUGGACGCGGCGCUGGUGGCGGCGGGCCACAUGGCGGCGGCGCCGGCUCUGGCGGCGGCGCUGCUGCGGGCGGGGGCGCUGCAGGCGCUGGUGCCGCUCAUGCUGCGGUACGAUGGCACGUUGCCGGAGGCGCUGCAGGACAUCCUGGUCGCGCCCUUCUCCGGUCCCGACGACUCCGCCACGCUGCCGCUGCUGGCCACACCCGACGACGCCCCUGUCCGCGUCAGCACACCCGCCGCACGCGCCCAGCACGCCGUGCUGGCGGCGCAGGCGGCGGCGCGGCUGGCGGGCGCGGGCCUACCGCCGCCGCACGCCACGGCGCCGGUGCUGGCGGCCCUGGCGGCGCUGGCGGCGAUGCUGACGGCGCCGCUGGCGGCACGGCUGGCGGAGUCGGACCCGCGGCCGCUGCUGCGGCUGCUGAGCGGAACACACGAGACGUGUCAGGUGAUCUGGAACGGCGCCAUGCGUGAGGAGCUGCUGUCAUUCCUGGCCAAGUCAUCUGCCGCCGGCCCGCACGACGACCACCAUGCCGCCGACACGCACGCACCCGCACCCGCCCACGGCGCCUCCACCGCCACAGCCGAUGCCUUUGACGACCUCUUCGGCACCGGCCCAACACCUCUUUCCCACUCCGCUGGCGCCGCCGGCAGUAGCAACAAAGCCAGCUUCGCCGCCGCCGCCAUCCCCACCGCCAGCAGCCCCACCUCCGGGAGCAGUGGCGGUGGCAGUAGCGACCGGCUGGCUGAGCUGGCGCGCUUCUCCCACGGCGCCUUGGCGGGGGAGCUGGUGCUGGGCGGUGUGUUCGUGCGCGUGUUCAACAGCCGCCCCCACGAGCUGCCGCCCGACCCGCCCGGCUUCUGCAAGGCCAUCAUCAGGUACCUGUUCGACGCGCUCCGCGGCUUGCCGCCCGGCCGCCUGCCGCCCGCCGCCGCCCUGCCCGACCUGCUGGCUGCAUUGGCCGCCGCCGGCCGCCUGCUGGACGCCGAGCCGCGGCUGCUGGGCGUGCUGGCCUCACCCUCGGCACUGUCGCCCUUCGUGGCCUGCCUGGCGCCGGCGGCGUGCCUGGCGCUAGAAGUGCAGGCCGACGGUGGUGCGGGUGGGAAGGGCAGUGGUGGGGGGAAGCCGCCUGCGGCGGCUUCGGGUGGGGCGGGAGGAGGAGGCGGAGGCGGAGGUGGAGGCGGGGUGGCGCUGAUUGACCUGCUGGAUGGCGGUGAUGCGCCGCCUGUGGCGGGGGCGGCAGUGGCGGCUGGUGGUGGCGGCGGUGGCGGCGGCGGCGGCGGAGGCGGCGGCAUGGGAGGCGGGGAGCUGCUGUCGCGGCUGCGGGAUGCGGAGGCGUUGGCGCUGGCGGGCUGUGCGCUGCUGGGGCGGGCGGCGCAGCACAGCGGCUGCCUGGAGGCGUUUGCGGACGAGCACUGCAUGCGGCUGCUGUUCUGGAUCCUGCACGGCCCGCCCUCCGCCGACACGCUGGCCGCGGCGCUGCGGCUGCUGCGCGCUGCAGCCGGCGCGCACGCCUGCGCGGCAGUAGCAGCCGCGCAGGGCGGCUGGCUGUACCUGACGGAGGUACUGAUGCACCGCGGCCCCUGGUUCUGGCAGCAGCACCGACCUCCGCCGGCGGGUGGUGUGGUGGGAGCAGCGAGCGGCGAGGGCAAGGAGUCAUCUUCAUCCGCCGCCGCGGCCGCCGAGGCUGACGACGCCGCCCGCUGUGAGGCCGCGGCACUGCUGUCGCGCCUGAUGGCGCACUCGGUGCAGGGCGCGGCGGUGCGCCUCAGCCUGCAGCGCCUGCUGCCGCCGGGGCUGGUGGCGGCGGUGGCGGAGGGGCCGCCGCAGGCGGUGCUGCAGGCUCUGACGCAGCGGGUGGAGACGCCCGAGUGCAUCUGGGACGCGGAGAUGGCGAGCACUGCCGCCACACAGGUGGCUGUGCUGGCGUCGGACCUGCGGCGCCGGCAGGCGGAGGGGCAGCUGGAGUGGGCGCCGCCGCCGGGGUCGGCGGUGUCCUACGACCGCCUGCGCGGCGAGCUGUACCUGGGCGGCGCCUAUGUGCGCCUGUUCCUCAAGAACCCCAAGCACCCGCUGAGGGACCCCACCCGCUUCGCCGAGGGCGUGCUGGAGAGGUACCUGCCGGAGCUGACCCACGGCGGCCGCGAUGUGGACCUGCUGGUGCUGCUGGCGGCGGCGCUGGUGGCCGUGCUGCGGUCGCACCCGCUUCUGGCGGAGCAGCUGGUCCGGGCCGGCCACGUCGCCAAACUGCUGGCCGCCCUCAGCGCCCUCACACGCCCGCUGCAGCCGCAGCAGCAGCCGCUGAUGCUCACCGCGCCGCCCACGUCACCUGGAGGCGGCGGCGGCAUGGCGACGCAUCCUGUGCCAGCGCCGGCGCCGCACGCGGCGAGCGCGUCUGCGACUGCGGUUGCUGCGGGUGUGGCUGAGGCGGCGGGCAGUGCACUGCGGGUUCUGCACCAGCUGUGCGAGGCGGUGGUGGCGGCGGAGGCGUUGGCUGUGGCGUCGCCGCCGGCAGUGCAGGUGCUGUGCGGCGCCAUGCGGCUGGGUGCGGCGGCGCGGGUGUUGGCGCUGGAGAGUCUCAAGCGGGCGCUGGGGCCGGGCAACAGGCAGCGGGACGCACUUGUGCUGCAGGCGCUGCAGUUCGGGCUUAUCGCGGAGCUGCUGGCAUCGCUGGAAUGGGGCAGCGGCGGAGCUGGAGGCGGCGCAGCGGGUGGCGGCGGCGGCGGGGCAGCAGCAGCGGCGGCUGCAAACGGUGGCGGCAGUGGCCCGGGCGCGGGCGAGGACGCGGCCGUGCUGCGUGUGUUGGCGGUGGACGUGCUGCGAGCGCUGCAGCAGGACGGGCUGUACUCGGCGCAGGUGAGCUCCCAGCUGGAGUCGUCCGCCGUGUGGUCGGCCUACGUGCACCAGCGACACGACCUGUUCCUGCCCAGCGGCGCGGCGGCGCAGGGCGGCAGCGUGGUGGGGCUGCUGGCGGCGCCCGAGACAGCCCGCUUCGCGCUGCCUGCACCCGAGGCGCUGGGGCAGUAGCAGGGGUUGGGGCAGUAGCAGGGGAUGCCGGCAACGAUAGUGGCAGCGGUGGCGGUAGCGGUGGGGUGGGGAUGGGAGCGGCGAUCGGGGUGGCGUAGUUGCCUUGAUGGAGUGGUGUUGCGGCGCAGUGGGCAGCUGUGUGGGCGACGUGCAGGAAUGCCUUGAAGGUGAGAAAGGGUAGCUGGGGGUUUGUUGGGUUGUGAGGCCCCCUGCAGCUUGAGGCGUGCUGGUCCGCCUGGAGAAUCGAGUUGCACGACUGGCAUUGGUUGGCAUAGGAAGGGGGGGGGCGGGCAAGGGAUUACACUGCUUAUGGCAAGUUGGCAGAGAGCUAAGAAGGUGUUGGCUGGUGUUGACAAGGUUAGCGCUGGCGUACGAGAGAGGGGGGCGCAAGCGGGCCUUAAACGUUGGUGGUUGACCGAUGGGAAUGGUGAGCUUCCCACUUGGCACAAACUGAGGAAGAAAAGUGGGAGUCACUUCAUGGAGGCUGGAACCAUGACGAGGAGUGCUGUGUAACUUUUAUGCGGU